CCCAAACCCUAGCAACCCCCCUCUUCGCCCUCUUCUCCCACUCAAUAAACACCUUCUUCCCAACCCUCCAACCCCAAACCCUCACCUACAUCCUAACCACACACUACCACAACCACGCCCCCUCCCCCAACACCACCACCACCAACACCAACACCCCCCUCUUCAACCUCAUAAUCGCCCUCGGUGCCCUCAUCGCCAGCAAAUCUACACCAUCCCUCCUCCCCCUCGCGGAAUCCCACUUCCAAACAGCCAUCCCCUCACUCCCAACAACCUGCGCCCACGCCUCCCGCACCGAAACUCUCGCCCUCCUCCAACGAACCCUCCUCAUCUGCGUCUACACCCUCCUCGAGCCCAGCGCAGGCGACGUCUGGCGACACCUCGGCUUCGCCAUCCGUCUCUUUCUCGACCUGUCCCACCGGCCUUCGAUGGAAGAGGACAAGGACCAUGCUGUGUUUUGUAUGCUGACUAGGACGUUGUAUACUCUCGAGAGUCAUGUGUCGAUUGCCUUUGGACGACCAAGCCUACUAGUCGUCGGAGACGACCUCCGUCGCGAACUCGUACAAAGAACCACAUCCACACAAGCAGAACAAAUCUCAAUCUCCUCCUACCUAAUCUCCCUCCUCAAACUCCAAAUCCACAACACGAUCCUCCAACACCACAACAAACCAACCACGACGACCACCACCCUAGCUCUCUCCCACGAGACUACACCAACCCUUCGAUCAACCUGCGAAACCUACCGCCAAACCCUCGACUCCUGGUCCGCAACCUGGCAACAAUCCACAACAUCCUCAUCCCCAACAACCUCCCCCGCCUCAAAAGACGCCCUCCUCGCCUGGGGCUCACUACACCACCACCACGCCCUCUCCCUCAUCACAACCCUCUGGCCAACACCAGGCGGAAACGCACUCACCAUCUGCGGCGGCGUAUCACAGGCCGCGUUACAGCUCCUCCGACACCAGCAGGUAUUCGCGAACCUUGCUUACGAGGAGGCGAAGGUAGGGGCACCGCUACCAGCCGAAGAAGAGGUUCUGAUAUUUCCUUUUGACUGGACAAUGAGCCACCUCGUAUUCCAAGCUGGUCUCCGUGCGAUGGGGGAGAAGGACACGACCUUACUGCCGACUAGUGAGAAGAAUCCGGCCCAGUGCCCGCCACUCCAGCAAUGUUUUUCAAUGCUAUUACUGCUGGAAGCUGACGCUUCCAAGCUUCUGAGAGGACAGUCCCUGGUCUUCGAGGCGCUCUCCGAGAAAAUCAACAUGUAGCA